AUGAUGAUUGAUGACAAGCAAACAUUAAGUACUCCCAAAGAAAAUGAUGACUUUAAUGAAGUGCAGUUACCUGUUGUUUCCAAAUUAAAAAAGCAAACAUUAAGUACUCCCAAAGAAAAUGAUGACUUUAAUGAAGUGCAGUUACCUGUUGUUUCCAAAUUAAAAGGAACAGUGUUCCCCGUUGUUACCAGCAUUGAAAGAGAAAAAAAUAUUGAAGUUCAAACCAAUAGGAUUAUUGUAAAACAACUCGUGGACAUAACAUUAUUUUUAGGAAAACAUGGAUUAGCAUUUAGAGGACACAACGAAAAAUGGUCUGAUGCUAACCAACUUAUUGAUUCAAUCUCAAAUUCAAUUUUAAAAUCAAUUGUACAAGAAGUGAAUACUGCUAGAAUAUUUAGCAUAUCAAUAGAUACAACAUUCGAUAUAUCAAGGCAUGAACAAGUAUCUUUUGUAAUUCGAUAUACAUAUGAAGCAAAGAAAACCAAUAUUGAUUGGAAAAAUAAUUUGAAAGGUCAAUCCUAUGACGGCGCAGCUAAUAUGCGAGGCAAAUACAACGGUCUACAAGCAAAAAUUAAAAGUGAAAAUAAUCAAGCUAUUUAUAUCUGGUGUUGGGCACAUCGUUUAAAUUUAAUUGUUGAACAAGGUGUUAAAAGCUGUCUUGAAGCUGUUGAUUUUUUUGGGAUUUUUGCCAAAGUAUAUGAUUUUAUAUGUAGUAGCAAAAAUCGUGUAUUUGUUUUUGAACAAAAUCAAAAAGAACGCGUAAUCCUACAUGGCCAGUUCGUAGUUUAA